AUUUUUGGAAAAGCUUGAAGACCGCUGGUUGGCGCUUUCAGUUGACUCGCAUUCGUAGUUCAAAGUGAACGUGCAAUAUAUCUUUUCGCUUUGGCAGUGCUUUUGACCGGACGGACCAGCGGAGUGGUCCCGGACCAAUCUGCACACGGAACGUGUCCCCGUCGGAACGCUUCAACCAUUGCUUUUCCGUACUAAUUUUCCGACUUGCUUUUGGAGUGGAUGCAAAGAGUGUAUCUCCGGAGUGGAAGAUAAUCCGCCAAAGGGGAGGGGAAGGAAAAGACAAGAAAAAAGGCUCGUACAAGUGUCUUGUGUGUAUCCAAUCACAUGAUCCGUCUCUUCGUAGCGCCGCGCAACAGUCGCAGGGAAACGGAAUCUUAAACUUGGUGGAGCAGUGUUGCUGUCUUGGAAGCACGUCAUGCACGAAUAGCCCGCACACAUAUACCUAGCUCGGUUCGCGAUUUUCACCAACCCAUAUCCGUAAGGCGGAAGUCAUCACGGGACGGUACGGCACACACCGUCGGAAGCAGCACCACCAGGUCGCAGUACAGACACAGGGCACAGGCCGAGCAGCGAACGGAACAGGACCGGGUGGAUAGCACUUUGUGAUCGUACGAGACGAACAAAAGCGCAACGCACAAAUCGUUACAAACAGCAUUAUUAGACGGUUCACUAUCGGCAUUUUGCGCCCGUACGCCCGGCCCCGUUUACAUUCGCUUCUUGGCGGUGUGUUGGUUGAUUAGUGCUGGUGGCACGGUAGUGGUGCCCCUCCCCCGGCCAGUGGUGUGGUGGUAAUGGCCAACACUGCACAUCUGUUCCGCAGGCAGAGUUCUCGCGAUUUGAUCCAGCAGGCGACUGUACGCAGCUUAGAUGAGCUUGAACUAAGAGAGCUACGUAGCCGGUUGGUGCGUGCUGAGAACGGUUCCCAAAAUGUCGUGUACGGUGCAACGAACCAGGCAUUCAUCAGCGAUGAUGAUCCACCGAUGGGCCGCAUACUCGACAUUGGACCGUCGGCAACCGGUCCGCCCGGCAAGGAUACACGCAAGCUCACCAUGCAGGCAUCGAUCGUAUCCCAGCAGCAGGAGGCCGCGAUCGUCGAACGGCCGGAAGACGAGCGUGAAAGCUGGGACAGCAAGUGGACGUUCCUGCUCGCUACCAUUGGCUACGCGGUCGGUCUAGGUAACGUUUGGCGCUUUCCGUAUCUGGCACAGAAAAAUGGCGGCGGUGCCUUUCUGGUACCAUACUUCGUCAUGCUACUGCUCCAAGGUUUGCCCAUCUUCUAUCUGGAGUUGGCGAUCGGUCAGCGACUGCGCAAGGGUGCGAUCGGUGUAUGGCACGAGGUGUCCGCAUACCUCGGCGGCAUAGGCAUCUCGUCCGCCUUCGUCAGCUACAUAGUAGCCCUGUACUACAACACCAUCAUCGCCUGGUGCCUGAUCUAUCUGCUGCACAGCUUCGAAACACCGCUACCGUGGGCCGAAUGUCCGAAGCGAUUGUUUAAAAACUUUACCUAUGAUAUCGAGCCGGAAUGUGUGGUAUCAUCGCCCACCAAGUAUUACUGGUAUCGGGAAACACUUCAAGUUUCGCCGAGCGUAAAUGACCCGGUACAGAUUAACUACACCGUUGCGCUGGCACUCAUCACCGCCUGGUCGCUUGUUUACCUCUGCAUGGUACAGGGCAUUACCGAGUCGAGCAAGAUCGUCUACAUAACCGCCAUAUUCCCGUACGUGGUACUCAUCAUAUUCUUCUUUCGUGGCAUCACGCUCAAGGGUGCAUCGGACGGCAUUGCCCAUCUCUUCACACCACGCUGGGAGUCGAUACUGGAACCGGUCGUAUGGUUAGAGGCCGGUACGCAAAUCUUUUUCUCGCUCGGUCUUGCUUUUGGGGGACUGAUUGCAUUCAGCUCAUACAAUCCAGCCAACAACAACUGCUACCGCGAUGCUCUCGUUGUUUCCAUUACCAAUUGCUCCACGUCUAUGUUUGCGGGUGUGGUUGUAUUUUCAGUGAUUGGGUUUAAGGCUACUUCAAUCUACGACAGCUGUAUCGAGGAACGAACUGAAAUGAUACGCCAGAACAAAUCACAUACUCUAUUGCCUGUGUGCGAUCUGCAGAAGGAGCUAGAAAAUAGCGCUUCCGGUACCGGGCUGGCAUUUAUCAUCUUCACCGAAGCGAUCAACCAAUUUCCGGCGGCACAACUAUGGGCAGUUCUGUUCUUCCUGAUGCUGUUCACACUCGGUAUCGAUUCACAGUUUGGUACGCUCGAGGGCGUCAGUACAUCGCUGAUGGACAUGAAGCUGUUUCCGAACGUACCGAAAGAGAUGAUUACUGGGGGAUUGUGCAUAUCGUGCUGUGUCCUAUCGAUGUGUUUUGCAAACGGCGCCGGUAGCUACAUCUUUCAGCUGAUGGAUAGCUUUGCCGGUAGCUACACAUUGCUCAUCAUUGCUUUCUUCGAGUGCAUCGGUGUCAGCUAUAUCUAUGGACUUAAAAGGUUUGCGGAUGACAUUGAGUUGAUGACAGGUGCUCGACCAAGUCUUUACUGGAUGCUGUGCUGGAAGUAUAUAUCACCGAUCGCAAUGAUUACGAUUCUAGUUGCGUCAUUUCUGGAACUUGCCUCCGAAGGUAGCAGCUACCCGGGAUGGAAUGCACUAACCGGUGGUACCGAUCGGCUCGAGUGGCCCCAUUGGUGUAUUGUAGUGGCCAUUUUACUGAUUCUUGUGUCCAUUCUGUGGAUUCCUGGUGUGGCCAUCCUGCGGCUAUGUGGUAUCAACGUUAUCGAAGACAGUGAGCCGGCCUGGUUCCCAUCGGCCGAACUGCGCGAUGUGCACGGUAUCGUACCGCACGAACCAACCGAUAUCGAGAUCUCGUUAUUUUGUAUACGCGCGGACGGUUCGGAAGGGCUUUGCUGUCCAACGUAUGGACCGCGAGAGCAGCCGCUCGACGAGGAGGAGUAAAUCUUUGGUUGUGGACGUCUGCAAAAAGGGUGUUUGUAAAAAGAAACAAAGCAAGCGUUAUUAUCCUACCGUAACAUAGCGUAAACAAAACCAGUUACAGUUCAGUGUGCUAUAGUGAUUAACGUUACCAGAUCCGAGGAUCCUCCCAACCCCCCCACCCCCUUUCUGUCCAUUGUUAAGUUGACAGCCGGAGCAUGCAACGUACCAUCUGAACACGCUAAACUGAGACAUCCACGUCCACAGGAUAGUAACAUCCAAAUUAUACAUACAACAUAACCUAGACACAGCUACUCAAUAGCUUUAAUGGUUCGACAGUUGCAAAAAAAAAGCCAUCCUAUGCUAUGUUAAGUAUAAAUGUUCGAAUUUAGUGUUUAAACGUAAACAAAAAGGUAACAAGCGAAACAAAAAAAAACAAGUUAAGACAACAAAAGGAAGAGAAAAAAAACCAACAAUCAAACGCCCAGCACAGUGCAAAACGCAUCCAACAGUUGAGGAAAAGCGUAAAUGACAAGACUUGAAAAUUAUACAAAAAAAAAAAUCUAUCAUCAAUUAACACUGCUAGUCCACCUUGUUGUCGCUGACCUACCGACCUUAGCAUAUCAAUGUGUUCCCAAUCGACGGUUAUUUAUUGUUGGGAUGUUCUUACCAAAACAAGAAAAAAAACAAACAAAAUCCACAAAAAACGUAAUUAAACCAACCAAUGGAAGAAAAAAAAACAACAUGUCCGAGAGCUCCGUUCGCAAUAGCCGACAUAGACGAAAGACGAACGAGUUGAAACUGUUAAAAAUCUGACAAUAACCUGUUGCCUGGACCUACUGCUGUCGGUGAACGCUGUUCAGGUGCACAAUCUCCCGUAAAAGGUGUCAUGAUCCAUGGGCGUUCAGCGUUUCAGCACAUAAGUAGAUACGACAAUAACGUGCAACCAUGACUAAUAACAUAUACAAAUAUACAUAUAUAUAUCUAGAGUGGCGUACGCGGUAUAGAACAACAACGCUAAUCAAAGAAUCUUGAUUGUUGAAUGCAGUAUACAUAUUAUAUAUAUACACACACAAACUCGUAGCCACGCAUGUCUGUACAUAUAUAAUAAUUUAUAAUAAAGGAAGACGUUAUAGAGUGGGUCUAAGGUGUUGUCAAACAAGAUCAACCUUGAUCGUAUAAUCAAA